AUGUCCUUAUUUUCCAACAGCAAGAAUGUCACAGUUACAGGCGGCAAUUUCCAUACAAUCGCGGGGAAUCAAAACAUUAACGUCAAUAUUCAACGUGACGAUCCUGCGCAACGCUGGCAGAAUUGUGUGGAGGUAUUUGAUAUUGUGGACUCAAGCCACCGCUACGGGAUCGACUACGAGAUCGCCCGUGUCAAACUCGAAGUAGAACGUAUACGCCUCUUGGAAUGGGGAAAUGCUGUCGGUUUUGGCACCGAAGAUUCUAACACAUCGACAUUUGACGCACGAUUGGAUCGAGCUGAGAUACGCAACACAGUCUUGCGACUUUUAGGUUGUGUUCACCAUGUAUUCGAGGAAGCGGGACGACUGCAAGAACGAUAUGGAUUGCACCAAAUCACAGCUGAUCAACAAGAGAAUGAACUUCGAAUAUUACCACUUGCCGCCAUCUUCAAGAGAGCAUACGCGCCACUUAUAAGAUCUUCGAAAGACCGACAAUCGAAUACACCCUUGCCGCAGAAAAAACUUUGGGCCAUUCGUGACAAGAAGAAGUUUGAGGACAUGAUCAACGAAAUAAGAGGAUUUAACGACUCCUUAGAUCAGCUCUUUCCCGACAUCAAGAAGUUUACUACGGAGAGCAUUAAGGCCGACAUUGGCCAGAGUGACGACGUCAAAGCUUUACAGUCACUCCAGGAAGCCACUACUGGUGGUCAUGAUGAAAUUUCCGAGAGUGCUAGUGUGCGGCUCGAAGCAAUGGGGGUAACGACUAUCACCGGAUCGCAGAUAGGUGAAAUACCUAGGGUCGGGGAAAACACUAUCGAGGACGAAGCACAUCUUGACGAAGAUAAUCAUCCCCUAAGGAAGCUGCUUCAGUCGGCGGAUAGUCUCGUUUCGAAGAAACAUCUUGGGAGACUCACCAUAAGCGUGUUUGGCCCUGACCGUUAUUCCGCUAUUGUUAGAGCUCGUCCUUAUUGGGAUGGUCAAGACUCAGAUUCAUGGUGGGGUAAUCGCGACAAGGGUUUUAUCCAUAGCACUCAUGCGUCUUUUGAUCUGUACUUCAAGAAGCCAUAUACACGUCGUUCCAGAGACGUCUCGUUUGAUCAUACUGACGAAGGCUCCGUACUUCUCGAUGUUGAAUGUCAUUCAAAACAUCAAAAUAUAAAUCCUGGUACAGUGACCAUUGAAGGAUUUGGUUUGGAAAGUUGGGGCUAUGAAAACGCGUUUGGUAAACCUCGAGAAAAUACCAUUCUUGUUUCUUAUGCAAAAAUGCCCGAAAUCCAAGCAAAAAAACUUCUACGAAGAAUCAACGAACUCAGUCGCGGGGCGCAGAAAUUUGGAUGGAAUCCUACGCAAGAAGAAGCGGACUUGAAGGAAUUUUUUGGAACUGCUCUAACUACUCGUUUCGGUGGCCGCGAUAGGAACAUUUAUCUAGGCGACUUCUAUAGUGCGCUCAACAGAACCGAUAUUUUCGCCGAUUUUACUUCGGAAUCACUUAUAUCUAUGCAUUGGUGUGGCCCCAGAGACACCGUAAUUGGAAUAUGGUACAUGCUUUACCAGAUUAUACUCGCCAAAGAGCUGGCCCUCCGAAUCGGAAGCUCUGAAAAUAGUGGUUCUUAUUCAGGCUAUACCCCUAGGGUUUUGUCUGCUUUGAUCGUUCAGGAUCUGUGGCUUAGAAACGUCGAAAUUGUCUUGAGAGAUAUCAGGAUUGCACCUCAACCGUUGGUAACCCCGGAAAAUCGGAUCAAAGCCGAGGUCUUCAAGGACCAAGGGAACGAAGCGUUGAAAAACGGACAAUGGCAAAAAGCUGUCGAUUCUUACACUGAGGCCCUUAAAAUCGAUUCUAACAACGCAGUUUACUUCAGCAACAGGUCGGCAGCCCUUCUAUCCUUAGAGGAUUUCGAUGGAGCUGUGUAUGACGCCUUUGUAGCAACUCGACUCGAUCCAAAGUACGCCAAAGCGUGGAGUCGUCUAGGGCUGGCGGAGUUGAAGCGGGGGUACGGAAACAAAGCGAAAGCUGCAUACGAGCGUGCAAUCGAGGUUGCCGGCUCCGAGGCUACGACCCUCAUGAAGCAAGGACUUGCCGAUGCAAAAGCAAAGAUUGCGGCUGAUAUCAAAGCAAUUAACGAGGAAAAAGACCAGGAAAAGAAAGAUCGUCUUCGGAAAGAUUUCAACGACCAAGAUUGGGACAUUACAUAUAAGACAUAUGAGAUGCACUCCUGUGUUCACCAACAACAGGUAGAAGGGCUAUUGCUCUUUGCUGAAAAAAUGACAUGGCCCUACAUUAACGAAGUACGCGAUUACGCCGAGGACGUAUAUGGAAAUUUGCGCAGCGGUGGAUCUUGCUCCCUUCAUGUACUUGACUGGUUGUUUGGGUUAACCCUUCCAGGAAAGUGGAUGUCGUUUAAGAUUAUGGCCACCCUCGUAUCAUGCACACCGUCAAUCUCUGCAAGCCUUGGUACAGCAGAAUUCUAUGACUGUGGGCUGGUCCUGCCAAAGAAAUCAUAUUGGAGAGUUCGCACUGUUUUGGGUCGCGUUCUCGGCUGCCUGCCAAACGUCGUUUCUCUCUGCGGGUGGGUUGGACCAUGCGUGAUCCCCAUAGAAUUUAUUCCUCCACUCGGAGACGAUGGAAAGAAAAAACCUCGCUAUAUCCAUAUCAACGCUCGCGCCUUUUCCUCUACUAUGGGAUAUGACGACGAUGAAGAUGGAGUUAUUCACCUUGGCCGGCGCCGCGAUUACGUUGACCCUCUACAUCUACAACCUGAUGAAGAUUUGGAGGAUUGGAUAGUGGCAGUCAAGGAUGACGAUAAAUGGAUAUGCCCACAACCUCCACAGCGCGAAUUUGUCACCUGCAGAAUCGAAUCGAUCAGACUCAAAAAACUGCCUCUCGAUGUGAAUGUUGCAACACAACAAGCUAACGGAACACUCACUGACGCAGAGAUUGAGGCCAAAACUAAGUAUCGCGCGAGCAUCGUGUUUUCCUUGGACAACAACGAAGAUACUGUCAUAUAUACACUUUACACCAACCCUGUCUUUGUAACGCCCCCUCCAUGUCAUUCUGGGCCACAUUCAGUGCAUGCUAGGGAGCUCUCUAGGUAUUUGAAAGACGUCUGGAUGGUUGAGAGACUCAAGGACCACACACCCGAGGACUUCGACGACGAUGUGAUGAUCAUCAAUGCAACUGGAAAUGGGACGGAAUUACUGGCAAGGGCAUGGUGCGCAGAGCGAGGAAAGAACGCUGUCAUUCGUCGUGCUGGUGGGCCAUGCUUCGGUUGUUCAGUCAGGACUGCAGGAAAGGAUGGUUUAGGUGUUGGCGUUUUGAUUUGGGUUUCAUAG